AUGAAAAAAUACUUAAUUUCUGAACCUGAAAAACCGACAAAAAAAAGUGAAAAACAAAAAUCAGCCAGUGCACCUACAAACAGUAGCUCAACAACUUCGUCAUUGAUACCUAAGUUGACCACAGAACCAUCUCAUUUACAGUCUUCCUCUAUAGAAUCUUCAAUAACAUUGCAAUCAAGUCUAACUUCUGAAUCAAUAGGACCUCAAGCUACAACUCCUCAAGAAAAUAUUGAAAUUUGUGAACCAGAUGUUAGUGAAAAUAAUGAUUCAACUCAAGAUGCAAAUAUUUUAACUGAAAAGGAAGCUAAUAAUAUCAACUAUGAAAAUGUUUGUGUAUUUUGUGACAGGAAAAAUAAAAAAAAAAACUCAAAAAUGCUUCCACUCCACAAAACCAAUACUAACCAAUUUAAAUCCAGUGUACUACCCAAAAUCGAAGGUUGUGAUUUUAAUCCUGCGCUCUUCAGAAAAGGAAAAUUAAGACCAUACAAGAUAUUAAAAAAAGAUCCAGAGUACCAGGAAGCUUUCAAGAACUUCGGCAACAACGAAUUAAUUGAAAAUUUAAAUCAUCAACAAAACAUCUUUAAUAUUAUUCAGAGAUUUAUAUGUAAUGUCUACAAUGUCCCUAAUGUAAUUGAUGUUGAUGCCGCUAGACUUCAAAUAUUCAUCAACUUGUACACAGUCUCCGAUGUAAACGAAGCUUUUGACCGAAAGAAGUUGCGAAAUUUUGACGCUAGCAACCUACCGCCUUGCAAAAGCGAGCUACUGCAGCAAUUUCUGCGAGCAAACUAUAUAUGUACCAUCUGGAAUAAUGCUCAUUUGAAAAAUCCAACCACAUAUCAACCAGACAAUAACGGCUGGGUAUUAAAAGAUGACAAAUGCCAGUUCAAAUGGUUUGAAGGGGAUCAACUACCGAGUUAUGUUAGUGAUUCGCUCAAAACUCAAUCAGAAACUGACGAAGAAGGUGAUGUUGAGGACGAUCAUGCCAUCGAUUGGAGUAGUAGUGAUGAAGAAAAUGAAAACAUCGACGACAAUGCUUAA